CGGACAGAGAUCCAAGUGUGGACUUCCUGCUAGAAGCCUUCAUUCCUCUGUGUCUCCUGAGUCCUGUGUGCCUACUUUAUCCUCUGUGAAUAGAGGCCAGGUUCUCUCUGUUUCAGACUGUCUGUGCCUGUCCUUUGAAAGCCAUGUGGCUCUACCUGGUGGCUCUAGGGGGCCUGUGGACCCUCCUGCGCUUGAUCAGGGAGAGGCAGGUGGUGAGCCAUCUCCAAGACAAGCAUGUCUUCAUCAUAGGCUGUGACUCGGGCUUUGGGAACCUGCUGGCCAGACAGCUGGACAGGAGGGGCAUGAGGGUACUGGCUGCAUGUCUGACGGAGAAGGGAGCCGAGGAGCUGAGGAACAAGACAUCGGACAGGCUGGAGACAGUGAUCCUUGACGUCACCAAGACAGAGAGUAUUGUGGCAGCCACCCAGUGGGUGAAGGAGCGUGUUGGGAACCGAGGACUCUGGGGCCUGGUCAACAAUGCCGGCAUCUCCAUUCCCGUGUGUCCCAUUGAGUGGAUGAACAAAGAAGACUUUGCAAAGAUAUUGGAUGUGAACCUGUUGGGCAUGAUUGAGGUGACUCUGAGCAUGCUGCCCUUAGUGAGGAAGGCAAGGGGCCGAGUGGUCAACGUUUCUAGCGUCAUGGGUCGAAUUUGUUUCUUUGGUGGUGGUUACAGCAUCUCCAAGUAUGGUGUAGAGGCCUUCUCGGACUCCCUCAGGAGGGAGCUGUCCUAUUUUGGGGUGAAGGUGGCUAUUGUAGAGCCCGGGGGCUUCAAGACUGCUAUAAAUGACAGGCACUCGUCAAUUAUCAAGAUGCUGUGGGACCAGGCCAGCUCAGAGGUCAAAGAGAUCUAUGGGGAGAAAUUUUUGCAGUCCUACCUGCAAACAAUAACAUCAUUGGUGGAAACAUGCUCAGAGGACCUUACUUGGGUGACGGACUGCAUGGAACAUGCAUUAACUUCCUGUCAUCCUCGUACCCGGUACUCAGCCGGCUGGGACGCUAAGCUCUUGUACCUCCCCUUGAGCUACCUGCCCACCUUCCUCUCAGAUGCCUUCUUCUACUGGAGCUCAGCAAAGCCCGCCCAGGCCCUGUGAAAUCUGCCCUUGUGCAGUGAAGUGGGAGGGCCACCGCCAGCACCCCAUGUCCUAAUGCCGCAUGAGCAACCUGUGGCAGGGAGACGGUGAUGCUGGUGGUAUGGAAUCUCACCAAGACUGAGAAACAAUUGUUGAUUUGUAUUGAAACCAUGGCCUUCUUCGGCUUCCUUUCAUUUUAGAAUAAAUGUUGGAAAGAUUA